ACAGAGCUAAGCAUAAAAAGUCAUAUUUCUUUUUGAUUAUAGUACGUAAGAAUUAAAUUUACUGUCAAUUUCAUGGCCAAAAAUAAUAUGACACUCGACUCUCGCUGGCGUCUCCUCGCUGCGCUGAUCAUUAAUGAAAAUCUUCGCGAAAAUUGUGCAGCUGUUGCUGCUUGAGUAGCUCGUUAAUCCGAGCUGUUUGUGUGUUACCCUUUGAGCCGUUUGAUCCGCAUGCAGCGGCUUGCAGCUUACAGCUUACAGCUGCUUGGGAAAAUACUUGCAUGAUGAUAGUUAAUCUUUUUAUAGACCAAACUGCUUUUCCUAUACUUUUUUGCUGGCAGAUUGCCCUUGAAAGGCGCCUCGUAUUAGAGCUGGCCGGAUUAGUGAACGGAUUAAGAAUGAACAUGUUUGCAAAAUACGAAAACUUUAUGACGGCAAGCCAGAUUAAGAAUGAAUUGUUUUUUAUUGCGGCACAAGUCAAAACGCUAGACGCUCGAGACAGGUAGAGGUCGAAGGAUUAGUGAAGGACUUUAGGUAGGCGCAGGUAGCCAGGUAAGUGGGUGGCGAUUCGCAUAAAAGGACUUGCCACAGACAGUUGCAGCAUCAAACGCAAAGCAAACAUCGAGGUGUCAACAUCGAGCAACACUCUGCAGAAGAAGUUCUAAAACUUACAACUUAAUCGAAAGCAAUCACUACGAGAAUCCAUCGAAAUCGCAACAUGUCACGCUAUCAGCAACUUGUUAACGAAUCGAGCAGCAGCAGCAACCACUGCGCUGCCAACCAAGCACAGCCAAAGGAGCAACAGCAACCACAACAACAACAGCAGCAGCCACCAGCACCCAGUGUUGGCUAUCAUCUGUAUUUGUAUCGGGAGCAACUCGCUCGUCGCAAAGUGGAAUACAUUCGACUGUCGAAAGCCAAGUACUUCAUUACCGAAACACUAUUAGAGAAAACGGUUCGCAAUCUGAAGGGUUGCAGCCUCGACGAGCUGAAGACUGUGAACAAUCAAAUUGUGUUCAAGCACAAGCUGCGCCAUCAGAUUACCAGACUGCGCAAGCUUCAAUCUCUAGGAAUUCGCAAUGCCAGUCCAAACAUGGAGAGCACCGAACUCUGAAGUAAAGCGAUGACAUAUCUGUAAAUAGAAGUCUUCA